AAACAAAACAGCGUGCGCCUUGCAUACGGUACCUCACUCGUGUAAAACACCAUCGUUCUAUAGAACCUCCGAAGACAUGGRUUCAUCGACCGUGGACUUUCUGUCCAUGUUGCUAGUGGGGGCUCUGUGGGGAUGUACCAAUCCGCUUCUUCGCAAGGGAUCCUCCGACGCCGAAGAAUCGUCGUCGGCGAAGCGUCCGGAUGCAUCGGACGACGGUUCUAGSKGUGACUCCUCCUCCUCAUUUUUGGUGUCCUCCCUGAGAUCCUUUGCGAACGUGGGGGUGUGGCUGCCCUACGUGCUCAACCAGUCGGGAUCCAUCGUCUUCUACGUGCUCCUGGCAAACUCCGACAUUAGCAUGGCCGUUCCGAUCUGCAACGCCAUGGCACUGCUAUUUUCCUUUUUGACGAGCUCGCUUCUGGGAGAGCCCAUCCAGAAACCGCUUCGGACCGGGGCGGGGGCCUUUCUSAUCAUGGUCGGGGUGGCGAUUUGUGUGUCCUCCCAGGAACACGACUAGGAGCGGUUUCGGGAAGAAAGCAAUCCAUGACGACGACCCAUGCUCCUAUGAAUGAGCAAAGAGACCGCAUUGUGCUGUGAAAAGAAUUUCUGCUUCACUGAAUCACCGGGACGAUUCAAAACGAGYACACCGCCAACCAGCCGGUCCAUAAUUUGCGACGAAACAUGGCGAUGGUGGAUUCGCCGAUGAGUGCAGAUACUCACUCUAUAGUCCCUGCUUCUGUUGGCUGACAAACUCACGCGUAUGCUGCCACGCAAUUUGAGGCAACCGAUAGACAAUGCUUGGAUGCCUUGUAUGAUGAAUCCAACAAAAUUCUCAGYAGUGGUACCGAAACCUCCGUAUUGCGCUAGGCAUUUACGACCAGAUUGGUUGCUUUUGAACUCGGGCGUGUCUCGGUGAAGGCAUCUCUGAGGAAGUCGAAACUGUGGUAGUGGUUUCAUCGAAACUGGUCGUUGCAGAAGUGGGUAUGGAUAUACAGUGUUGUUUCGGUAAGGCGCAAAAAGAUUUGAAGAAGGACCCCGCAGGAAUUGCACAWAAAUACAGUAAAUUUAUUUUGUUCACCCGGAUCGUUUGUGAUUGAAACACAUACAGUAAAACUUCAUUCUGUUUCCCUGGUGUGGUCCCUGCCUGACACUACUCGUCCCGGAAAACAGGAGCUCAUCUCAUCUUGCGGCAGUUGCACAAUUCACAAGUCAGUCAGUUUUGUGAGAACGUGCACUCAUGUUGUUAAAAACAGAAAAUAAUCUAAUAGUUUCAGU